GGUCGAGGUGGAGCUGGUGACCCCCGACCCCCGAGGCUCCACCCCCAAGACGGGCAUCAUCCGGCAAACCAUCAAAUACUCUCGAGACUGAUCUGGACGCCGUGCCACUGCGGUGCUACAGGGAGACCGACCUGGACGAGGUGAUGCGGGCGGAGGCCGAGGCAGCCGAGGAGGCGGACUCGGCCUUUGGGAGUAACCGCAGCGUCCUGGGAAAUUCCAGCUUCAGCCCAGCCGACGCCUCCCCGAAACCCCGGACAGGUGGGAGGAAAGAGGAGGAGGAGGAUGAGGAGGAAGAGGAGGAGGAUGAGGAGGAUGAUGAGGAGGAGGAGGAAGAAGGAGUGGUGAGCUGGGCCAGUGUCCGGAUGCUGGGAGACAGACAGAGACAAAGAGCCACGAAGGAGGAGGACGAGGUGUUCGGUCUGCUGCUGAAGGGGCCGUCGGAGGCGUCGUCUAACUCGCAUGGCGGCCUCAAGUCUCCGAUCUCCAUCGGCAGCCCCCGCCGACCCUCCGAAAGCAACCUCGACUCCUUCAGCCGCCAUUUUGAAAGCAUCAUGGAGUCUCACCGGGCCAAAGGCACGUCGUACAGCAGCCUGGACAGCGUCGACCUUCUGACCUCUGGAUCCACGUCUGUGUUCACCUUCGACCUGCCCACCCUCACCCCAGAGAUCCAGAGCCAGAUCUGCGAGAGCGCCAAGCAGAUCAUUGAGCUGAGUUUCGCCCCGCUGGCCCACCCGGACCAGUCUCCCCCCUCGGAGACGUCUCGCUCCGAAAUCACCCUCAGUGCCUCGGGGGCGGGGCUCCGAGGCGGCUCCAAAGACGACUCCGGCCCUCCAGUUCGAUCCAAGUCGGAGAAAGAGUCGUGGCGUCGCUCCGUCCUCAAAGACGGCUUCCGCAAGGCGAGCUCGGCCCCCUCGCUCCACAGCAGCCCCAGGGAGCGUCCGGUGAACCGCCCGCCCGAGCUGUUGUACCCGCAGGCCGACGUGGCGGAGCGGCUGGCGCUCGGCGGCAGCGACGACGCGCUGGCGAACGGCACGAAGGCCGACCUGCAGGCGGCCAAACGUCUCGCCAAACGCCUCUACAACCUGGACGGAUUCAGGAAGUCCGACGUGGCUCGACACCUCGGCAAGAAUAAUGAGUUCAGUCAGAUGGUGGCAGAGGAAUAUCUCAGCAACUUUAACUUCACCGGUCUGACCAUCGAUCAGGCGCUCAGGACGUUUCUGAUGCAGUUUGCUCUGAUGGGAGAAACUCAGGAGAGAGAGAGAGUCCUCGCUCAGUUCUCCAGGAGAUACAGACAGAGUAACCCCGAGAGUGUGGCUACCGAAGACAGCGUCCACACUCUGACCUGUGCCGUCAUGCUGCUGAACACAGACCUUCAUGGAAACAACGUGGGGAAGAGGAUGUCCUGCAGUCAGUUCAUCUCCAACCUGGAAGGUCUCAACGAUGGAAGAGACUUCCCCAAAGAUCUGCUGAAGACUCUGUACAGCUCCAUCAAGAACGAGAAGCUUCAGUGGACCAUUGAUGAAGAGGAGUUGAGGAAGUCCAUGUCGGAGCUGGCUGACGUUCGAACGGACUCCGCCUCCCACACCAUGAAACGACUGGGGAGUGGAGGAAACCCGCUGGUGGGCGUCGCCCAUCAGGCCGACGGCGAGCUCUACAAGAACGGCUUCCUGGUCCGCAAAGUCCACGCCGACCCCGACGGAAAGAGAACUCCACGGGGUAAGCGGGGGUGGAAGUCUUUCUACGCUAUGCUGAAGGGUCUGGUGCUCUACCUGCAGAAGGAUGAGUACCGUGCGGAGCGAGAGCUGACGGAGGAGGACGUGAAGAACGCCGUGUCCAUCCAUCAUUCUCUGGCCAUGAGAGCAGCUGAUUACAGCAAGAGACCCAACGUGUUCUACCUGAGGACGGCCGACUGGAGGGUCUUCCUGUUCCAGGCUCCGAAUGCAGAACAGAUGCAGUCGUGGAUCACGCGCAUCAACGUGGUGGCGGCCAUGUUUUCGGCUCCACCGUUCCCGGCGGCGAUCGGCUCCCAGAAGAGAUUCAGCCGUCCUCUGCUGCCGGGAUCCAACACCAAACUGUCCCAGGAAGAGCAGGUCAAAUCUCACGAGAACCGGUUCAGGGCGGUUUCCUCCGAGCUGGCCGACCUCACAGCCUCCACACCGGACCGGAAGGUGAAAGGUCGCGAGCUGGAGGAGCAGAAACUCCGACAGGAGUACCUGGAGUUCGAGAAAACCCGGUACGGUACGUACGCCAUGCUGCUUCGGGCCAAACUGUCCAGCGGAGACGAGGACCUGUCGGCCUUCGAGUCGCGGCUGUUUGACGACGGCGGCCUGCAGAGGGCGCACUCCAGCCCUACGCUACCUCUGGAAGGCGCCAACAAGGAGAAGACCCGCGGGACCAAGACGUCAAAAAGCUUAAAGGUCACGUCCUCUUCAUCCUCGACCUCCAAGACCAGCGGCAGCACCAGAGAGGGAAGCAAGAAGAACGGCAGCGGUGGCGGGAACAACCAGCGGCUGGAGCUGCAGAAACAGAGCAGCAAACAGGAAGAGGCGCCGUAAGGCGGCGGGAAUCAGGUUUUAUACAAAGUGUGUAGCUGGAGACGGACAUGAAGCUUCAUGGGUAGCAGGCUGACAUCCUCCUUUAAACCUUUUCUGUUAAACCUGAUUCUGAUUUCCUCCAGAGCCGAGCCGAGACGUUCGAGGUCGGUGGGAAAGGAAACACUCGUCACAAAGGAGGACGACCGAACGGACGAGUGCUGCGUUUUUUUCACAAGUCGAAACAUUCAGGAAACACUAAGGUUUGAAAAGUGUAAUCUGGCCAUCCAUCAGCUGUCAGAGCUUAUUUCUCAUCAACUUCAGCAGUUCAAACAGUAAAAACCGCUGCUGAGCUUCAGAGCAAAAGCUUUGUUUCCUGUCAAAUCUUUCAUUUCAGGGACUUUCUGGAAGCAUUUUUUUGUUAAAAUGGCGGAGACAGAGCUUAAAUAUCAGCAAUCAUUCAGUCUCCUGCAGCAGCUUCUGAUUCCAGGAGCCGUCUGGUUUUGUUGAGACAGAACAGAAACAGUUUGUCGGUACUUUUAUUUUUUUUUUUCUCUCAGAGCGACAAACACUGACCUCCUGCACUGCCAUCGCUCUGCUUCCCCUAGCAACAAACGGGGGAGCAGGUUGCCAUGCCGACCACAUAUGACGGACAGAGCGCGUGGGACUGUUGCCGGGGCAGCCGAGAAAAGGGGGGGUGGGGGUGUUGAGACUCUGGAGUCAGGACUCCCCCGGCCAAACAAACAAUCAAACAGACAAACCAGACCGAGGCUGUGAUGAUGCGUCACAGAGACGAUCAGGAACACAAUACCUCCUCCUCCGCACUUCACAGAGUGUGUGUGUGUGUGUGUGUGUGUGUGUGUUAACCAGAGGAAAGGUAUUGUGAGUACACAGUAAUACUGUGUUAGCACUUGAUGUGUACUUCGAGGAGUGGAAACACAAGCUGAACAUGCUGGAUGGAGGCUGAUCAAAGUGUGACUGCAGUUUGUUUUAUUCAUGUUGUUUUCCUCACUGAGUUCUGCUGGAACAAACAGGCUGGAUGGAGGUUUAUUAGUGACCAAAAACUACUGACUGAGCAAAAAAUGAUAAUUUAAACUUGAAUCAAUCUUCGGGCAGAGUAGAGGGCUGGAUAUCAUCCCACAGUUAUUGCUUCUGGUUCAUAAAAAUACUUCACUGCCUUUAUAGAGAGCCGAAGUGAAACUAGCUUCCAGGUUCUGCUCCAGAAGUGAAAAAACUUUUCAAUUCAAAAUCUCAUAUACAUUUGCAACGAUUCUAAUAACUAAGCAUCCAGCCUUGGAACAGAGUCUUCCUCAACAGCAUGUUGUGUGGCUCGCUUUAUAUGUUUAGAUCAGGACGGUAGUUUAGAAAAACGAUCAGAUAUCGUUACGUACCUGCGCCGGUAAGUUUACAUGAGAGCUGUAGUUUUUUUUUCUGUGUUGUUUAACUUUGUUAAAAUCACAAAGGUUUCGGUUUAUAACAGCAGCUGCUGUAGUGGAGCUGAUUUGUCUGAUAAGAUGGAAAUUAAACAUCAGGAACACGCUACGUGUUUUCAGAAAGACCGAUGAAAGAAACGCUGAGUGAGAGAUUGACUUGAGUUACAGAGCCUAGACAGGAAGUGACGUCAUGACUCCGGCUCUUUGUACUGCUAUAAACAUUAUGCCUAACAUUAAAAAAAACUAAUGAAAACAAAGAUUUCUGUGAAAGAAAAAGACAAAAUGAAGAACAGCACUUCUGGAGGAGGAGCUCACCUCAAAGUCUACAAGAACAAAUUUUAAGAUAUAAAUAAAAUCAACAUCAAGCAGACGAAGAGGAGGCUUAAAGAAAAGGCAGCAAACUGUCAGCAGAUUUCCAGAAUUUAUGUUUGUGAUUCUAACAUUUUGUCACCAAAAUAUAAAAAUUCGAGUGUCCAGAAAAUAAUUAUUCUUGUGUUGGAAAAGUUGAACUAGUUAAAGUAAAAGUGUAAGACUUAUUAAACAAGUGCCGGCAGUCUCAGUCGAUGAAUGUGGACAGUUUGAAUUAGUUUUGUGCUCGCUCAGUAGUUUCGUCGUUAAUGAACUUCCAUAGAUUUUCUCUCUUUGCUGAAAACGAUGCUGGAAACUGUUCUAAUGUAUAAUGUUUGAAUCCGUCCACUUUAUCCCGAUCACUACGAACGGGAUCACAGGUUACUUAAUGUUUAUGUAUCUCGCUGAAAUGACCUUGUUUGUUUGUUGAUUGGAGACGAGAGUUCAGAAGCUGCAAGUUUGAAUCAUCUCUUUACUAAUGUGAUGAAACAAACACACGUUCUCUUGAUCUCCAGUGAAGACGCGGACGCUCGUCACGUCAGCCAUCUUGUUGAAGUAGAGAAAAUGAACGCUUGCUUUUUAAAGACAACUGAAAAAUUAAUUCUAAAGAGUCUCGUGAUCAUCUUCACUAUCAGACACCAGACAGGAUUUCUGGGUAAUGAAGUCCUCCACAUGCAGUUACCUCUUGCUGCCACUUGGGGUCACCAGAGUGGGAAGCUGCGCUGUGAACAAAGCAGCUGCUGCAGAGUAGAUUUACUUAAUUUGUUUCCUUGAGUUUGGACAUUUCCACAACGUCUCGCCCAAAUCCCAGAAUUCCCAGUUCAGCAGUGAAAGAGUGAAAGAAAGAUCAGUCGCGGAAGAAGUACUCAGAUCUUUUACUUAAAGGUCCAGUUAGGAGCAGCUGUCGGCAGAAGUGGAAUAUAAUAUUCAUAAGUAUGUUUUCAUUAGUGUUUAAUCGCCUGAAAAUAAGAAUCGUUGUGUUUUCGUUACCUUAGAAUGAGCUCUUUAUAUCUACAGAGGGAGCGGGUCCCCUUCCACGGAGGCCGCCAUGUUGCACCGCCAUGUUUCUACAGUAGCCCAGAACGGACAAACCAAACACCGGUUCUAGAGAGGGCCGUUUGUGUUUUUCGCAAGUUUCGCAGCCACCGUAGUGUCUCCUCCACGCCUGGAAGGGGAGGGCGAGGCGAGCGGUGUUCACAUGGCUGCAAACUGCAGUUUCACCACUAGAGGCCGCUAAAGCCUCCACACUGGACCUUUAAGUAACAGUAGUAACACCACAGUGUAGAAACACUCUGUUACAGGUAAAAGUCCUGCAUUCAAAUUUUUACUUAAGUAAAAGUAUAAAAGUAUCAGCAUCAAACUUUACUUAAAGUACCAAAAAUAAAAGCAGUCAUUAUGCAGAAUGGCCCAUUUCAGAAUAAUAUGUAUUAUAUCUGGAUUAUAAUUAUUGAUGCAUUAAUGUGUUCAUCACUUUAAUGUUGCAGCUGGUACUUUAUAUACUGCUGGGUAGCUUAUAUAAUAUAAUAAUACAUCGUAAUUUAUUAUUAUUGUUUUGUAUUAAUAAUAUGAAUCUGCAAAGUAACUAAUGUUAAAUAAUGUGGUGCAGUAAAAAUAUUGGCUUCAAAAAUUCAAAACUGUACUUACCUGCAGCACUUGAGUAAAUGUACUUAGUCACAUUCCACCACUGUGAAAGAGAAUAUGAAGAUUUGCGGGAACAGUAAAAUAAAUCUGAGUUAAACUUUACAAAUGUAAGAGUCGUAAUUUAUAAUUUAAAGAAAAAGACAGCUGGCUAUCGUAACUGUGAGACGAUGUAAACAAACACAAACAGAUCUGAGAUCGGUGUCUUUUUCAGGCUUCCCAGCUUGUAGAUGUGCUCACGACAGUUAAGCAAGAGCCAGCUAGGAAUCUGGAGACACAAGAGUCACGCCACAGUUUACGGGACGGAGCCAGAUAUCUACUCAAAAAACCUUUUUGUGCACGUUGUAAUAACUACAUUUUUACAUUUCACACAUUAUGCAGAACCAAAAGUCCAAGAUUUCAUAUGAUUUAUUGCCCAGCCCUAUGUCCAGGUCAUGGGGUGAUUAUUCAUUUUUAUUUCAGUUAGGCUGUCCUGGACUUCCACAUGUGGGAAACUUAAAAACAUCCAGUUGUCUUUGAUGUCCUUCCUGUGAUGUAACACUGCAGCGUUUCUCACAUAAUCCUGUUGUUCAUGAAUAAUAAUGUUGAGUCUCCAGGAAACACGAAGCUCCGUCUGUUCAGUGUUUCAUCAGCAGUUUGAAACGGGAAGAAAACAGAUGUGACGACAGGAAAUGGUCACCAGGUGGCAGCAGAGAAAAGCUGUGCGUUGAUGGUUUUCUGGUUAAAGGAAUGAUCCACCCAAAAUGUAAAAAUUAAGUUUCAUUUCAAAACGUUGUAUAUUUUGCUCAGAUUUAUACUUUACACCAGGAAAAAGUUAAAGUGUUAAGAUAACUUUCAUAUCAUCUGUUACUUUGCUAACAAUUUUGCUGUUUUGGAAUGAAACUGUUCAGAUUUGACAGGUUUGCGACGAGGAACACAAAACCAUGGAACCUUUUCAGUCCGAAACAAUAAAUCCAGAUUCCCUGAAAACACUGAAGGAAAACUUGAAGAUUUGGUCUCUUAAGGGAGGAAAGAACAAAAGUUGUUCUGAAUUUUUCACGCAGGAUCGUUUUUGGUCGUUUUUUCCAGUCGGGAGCAAGUUUUUCAGCGAGCGGUGGAAACUUCCAGACAGACCUCAGUGUGAUUUGUGAAAUUUCUGAAGGAUUACAAACGCUGAUGCUGCUGUUUCCGCUGGACUGAUUAUCACCAGGAUUUAGUCUCGUACGGUUGAUUCCUGCAGAACAGGAAACCCUGAGCUCUGAGGGAUAAACAGAGAAGUUUGACAUUUUGAAUGAAGCUGUUGGGUCCAUAUGUGGACCGGCGAGCGAUCAUCUCCACUCUGUUCUGAACAGACUGUAAAGACUCUUAAAACAAACACCACAGAGGACUUUAUAAACGUCAAACCACACGUUUCAAAGGUACUGACAGAAUGAAACUAAGGACGCUGCGUGAUAACGCUCAUUUUUCACGUCACACCAGUCGAUCUGGAUCUCAGUCCUCACCAGCUUUGGGUUCGGAUUCGACCGAAAGAAAGAAUAAGCGCACAGAUACAAAUACGUUUCCUUUGGCUUCAAGUCCAAGUCCAGCACGAUCCAUAUCAGCUCCAACAGAGUGCGGACUGUGACACCGUCAGGGAGGUUGGACUCGGUGUGGGUCGGACAGAUGGAUGCUUCUUACGCGUCGGUGACGUCUUGCUUCCUUUGUGCUGAAAGCAGUCAGUUUAGGACAGACUGCAUAUCCCAUCAGGCCUUGCAGCGCUACAUCCCCUAACAGCCGGAGGACGUGGCUAGGAAGGAUGUCUGGGCCGUUCUUACCCCUCGUUCACAAGUGCAGACUCAAAAAGUCUUUUGUCUCUGAAGCGCAUGAAGCUUAUCGGUGUCAUUUAUAUACUCAGCUCUGAUUGGACAGUUGGACUGGUGCAUGAAGUAGUUCAUUUCCCAACCAGCGUGUUUCCAUUUGUCGUUUUUCUUCUUCUCGUCCCGGUAGCGGAGUCGGCGACAGCGACGGUCAGCUUUUCCUCCAUUUUGUUUGAGGCUCUUUGACGUAGUUGAGUGGAGCUUCUGCUUCAUCCGGGAAUCAGAACCAGCUGACCGGUUGAGUCACGGGACAUUUGCGUAGAUUUGAACCUUUCUCGACGUCCCCACGUUGUGCCGCUGGACGAUAUUUGAGUGUUUGAGUUGUGGUCGGCGGCACCAGCAUGUUUUUUUGAGGUCCAAUUCACCAUGAAUGGCGUCCUCCAGCGUUUGAGUCUCUGCGCGUGAACCGUUAGCUGAUGUGAUGUGGACCAUGAUUAAUGGACCGUCUCACGCAGUGUUACAUCCGUCCGUCUAAUAAGAUCUCGGUCAAAAUUAUAAAGUAGUUCUGAGGCUGUCAGCGAUGAAGGUCUUGUGAAUCUUAGUGCUACGAUGUAAACGUCAUCAACUCCCAUCAUCCAUCUGCAAGGCUUUCACGUUAAAUGUCCUAAUUCAGACCGGGUCUGACUGUCCUCGCAUCUCUUUCUGAUUGGGUCCAAACCUCGAGUUUCACUGGCUCGAUUUCUGACGAUCGCGCGCUUUUAAAAAUGUUCUGCAACGUUUCACAGAGUCCGCGAUUCCACAAGUACCUUUGAGAUGAUUACCGGACCUUCGUGCAUAAAGACCUCUGUGGUUUAUUUGAGUGACGUGAAGAUCAGAGAGGACAUCUGACUAAAUCUGUCCUUCAGCCUCUUUUUUCUUCAUCCUCCAUCGGACAAACAUCAACAUGCUGGUUGAUGCAGGAGGAAACUUUUGAAUCAGCUGCUGCUGAGAUGCUAACAGGUUCAGAUUUAUCCUCCCGCUGAGCUGUUUGACCCCCCCCGGGUCACGUAUUUACUCCCUCAAAUAUCCAGUGACACUUGUGUAUUUCGGGUGUAUUUGUCACACUGUGCAUUGUAAAGCAGCAUAGGAUGAAUUUGUCUAAAAGUCAUGGCCGCUUUCAGCUCUUUGUCUGUGUCCAAACCUUGUAAAUAAAUGUUCACAUUGAGAAGCCAUAUUGUAGUUGGGCUGAACGCCUAGCUAGCGCUCGCUGCGUUUUAGGGCACUUUGGUUUAGUAUUUUAGAGUGAAAGCAGCAGAUGCUGAACCUCCUCACAGGGGUUGAAUCCACCAGUUUAUUUAUUCUGUUCGUCGUCGUGUCCUGAUCGACGACAAAGACCGAAUUUAGUUUCUGUGAAAGUUCUUUUUCUCUUUCUUCCUUCCUUGCGGCUUCGCUGCGGUCUGAAUGUUCACCGCCAGCUCGCCCAUCGAUAGCUGUACAUACUGUCCACAUCCUGUGAGGUUUUGGUCGUAGUGAAACACAAAUGUUUUGAAGGCUUAGAGGCAAAAAUAAAAACAUUUUGAAAACAAAA